AAUGGCCCCAAAAAGGGAGCGGGUUCGGGUUCGGGUUCCAGUUCGGGAUGUAUUGCGGCAGCUGGAGCAAAAGCAGGAGGAAGAUGUGGCGCCCAACGUGGGGCAGGAGCUGUGACUGGAGCACGAGCUAGUAUUAAAGGCGCUCGCCAGGAAGCAACAACCACAACCACCAUACCGACAACAACAACAGCAACAACAACAGCAAAAACAGCAGCAACCACUCAACAGUUUACUAAGCAAAAUCCUUUUGCUGCCUCCCGGCAACGUAACAGUAACAGUAACAGUAAAAGUAACAAUAGUAGCAGUAACUUUAACCUUAUUGUAAGCAGUAAAAGUAGUAGCAUCAUCAGCAGCAGCACCAGUAGCCACAGAAAUGUUAAAGAGACUGUUACCAAACAGAGGCAGAGGCAGAGGCAAAAGUAUGUAAAUUAGUAAGAGUUUAACAACAAACAAACGAAAAGAAAAGAAACAAAAAUGAUGAUAUAUAUACCAAGCAAGACCUAAAUCAAUUUUUGUAUUUUUGGGAUAUUUAUGAUUUAACUUCAAAACUCAACCAGACCUCUCUUUCCAAGCUUCAAACGCCAACAACAAACCACAACAACAACACACAUAUAGCCACUGUAAUUAAAUGCAAAGAAAGAAAGUACACACAUAACAUUUGUUCAUUUAUUGGUUAAGAAACUAGAAUUAACAGAUAUAAAAAAACAAGAGUGCAACAAUUGAUUUUGAACAACAUAGUAGAGCAGCAGGCAAACCGCAAAAACGACAAGAAACGAAACCGAAACAACAAAACAGAGUACAAAAUGGAAAGAAAAAGAAAAUAGACAUAAAAUUAAUACAUUUUUGUUUGGUUAAUUCGUUUGAAUUGCAUGCAGUGAAAGGGCGCCAGAGAUAAUCGGAAGUUGAGAUAUGCCGGAAAUUGUUUAAGCAAGUUUUAUUGAUGAUUCCUUGAACUCUAUAAACACCAUCGCAUUAAUUUUUACCUUUUUUUAAAUUAUUUUUUCUUAUCUUUAAUUUUAACGUUUACUAGGCGUACAUUAUAUACUUUGAAUGGAACUUAUUGAGUUUUUGUUGAUAUAUUUCUGUAAAAAAAAUUUUAAGUCUAAUUAUGUAAGCGAGUGCAGAGCGUGGGUGGUAAAGAUUAAACAUAAACAAAACAUUAAAAAAAAAUAUUAAAAACAAUCUAAAGGAAAAGAAAAAAAAUGCAAAACGAAAAACAGAACUAAAGCAAGUGAAAACGUUUAUUAUAUAAACUAUUAUAUAAAUAUAUAUAUAUAUAUAAAUAUAAAUUAUAUACAAAUUACGCAUACCUACCACAACAUAUAUAAAUAAUACAUGCAGAGUACAUACGAACAUAAGUAACGGAACAUUACAUAAUAUUACUACUAAACUACAAUAAACAAAUACUUUGCAUACAUA